AGGUGCAAAAGCGGCUAGUACCUCUCACUAGAAUACUGUCACUACUGUUUAUCCGUCGAGUUGCGAUAAAUUAAGUAUUUGUUUAAAAUAAAUUAACAAACAUCAGCUGUAGAAAUGGUGACUGCAGACAAGAUGGAAGUGGACCUUCCCAUCAAGAGGAGUGAUGGAGGCUACAAGGCUUACUACAGUCACAAGACUGAAAACCUUCAAGUUGUCAUUGGAGAGAAAAUGCUUGAUCUGAGGCGGUUGCAGGCCCAAAGGAACGAACUUAAUGCUAAAGUUCGUCUCUUGAGAGAAGAGCUACAGUUGCUGCAGGAACAAGGUUCUUAUGUUGGUGAAGUGGUCAAGCCCAUGGACAAGAAGAAGGUGCUUGUCAAGGUACAUCCUGAAGGCAAGUUUGUGGUUGAUAUUGACAAGAACAUCGACAUCAACCAGAUAACACCAAAUGCUCGUGUUGCUCUCAGGAAUGACUCCUACACUCUGCACAAGAUUCUUCCUAAUAAGGUGGACCCUCUAGUGAGUCUGAUGAUGGUGGAGAAGGUGCCAGACUCGACGUAUGAGAUGGUGGGAGGUCUGGACAAGCAGAUCAAAGAGAUCAAGGAAGUGAUUGAGCUCCCAGUGAAGCAUCCUGAGCUCUUUGAUGCUCUAGGCAUUGCCCAACCCAAAGGCGUCUUGCUCUACGGCCCUCCUGGCACAGGAAAAACGUUGUUGGCGCGAGCCGUGGCUCACCACACAGACUGCACUUUCAUCAGAGUGUCAGGCUCAGAGCUGGUGCAGAAGUUUAUCGGUGAAGGCUCUCGCAUGGUCCGUGAGCUGUUCGUCAUGGCCAGGGAGCACGCGCCCUCCAUCAUCUUCAUGGACGAGAUCGACUCCAUUGGCUCGUCUAGGAUAGAAAGCGGUAGUGGAGGAGACUCCGAGGUACAGCGCACCAUGUUGGAGCUGCUCAACCAGCUUGAUGGCUUUGAAGCCACCAAAAAUAUCAAGGUUAUCAUGGCAACAAAUCGUAUUGAUAUUCUUGACCCUGCUUUGCUGCGGCCUGGUCGUAUUGACAGGAAAAUCGAGUUUCCAGCACCCAAGGAAGAGGCGAGGCUGGACAUUCUUAAGAUUCACUCACGCAAGAUGAACUUGACGCGUGGCAUCAACCUGCGCAAGAUCGCCGAGAUGAUGCCGGGCGCCAGCGGUGCUGAAGUGAAGGGCGUGUGUACGGAGGCUGGCAUGUACGCUCUCAGGGAGCGACGUGUACACGUCACGCAGGAGGACUUCCAGAUGGCCGUGGCUAAAGUCAUGCAGAAGGAUAGUGAGAAGAACAUGUCCAUCAAGAAACUCUGGAAGUAAAAUAGGAGUUGUGAGAAUCGAUGGACUGGAUCAGAGUGCUUGAGGUUAUUUAGAAAUAUUCUUAAAGAGGGAGCACAAAACUAUCGGUGUCUUGAAACAAUGUGGAAGCAAUCAAGAAAAUUUCCUGGUAUCAUUUAACGGUGUUGAGCUGGAAAUGUUGAUAUUUCGAUUAGGUAAUAUUUCUCCCUAUGUGAAUGAGUUUGCUUCAAGUCUGCUGGCGCAGCUAGCAAACCGUCUGUAGGUGUUAAGUGCAAAAUUCAAGCCAUUUUACCCUGAAAUUCUUCAUAUAUUUCCCCAGAAUGACUGAUAAUAAAACUGACUACAUCAAAUUGACAGGAAAUCGUAUUACAAAGCCGCGAAAUUUGAAAUUACUAUCUUUCGCCAUAGACUUAAUUCCCCAUAAAUACCGUCAGCUACUUGUAAGCAUAAUACUUUUAUGGAAGAAAAAGUUUUUUUUUUUUUUUUGCUUACAUUAUCCUACUAUUGUGUUUAGUCAGAACGUUUGUAAUGUCAACAUGAAAACUAUGAACGUUUCUAUGUGUUAGAUUCACAAAAGGUAAGCUCUCAUACGUUUAAUUAUAGUCUACGUUCAAUUGCAUUCUAUUCACGAGAUGCCGUGGCAUUUAUUGCCGAAUUUAUUCGCUUGUAAUACAUUCUUUCUUAUCACUAAGAGAAAACUUCUCUGUGGAUCUUUCAUGGUAUUUAACCAGUAAAGUGGAUCUUUCAUGGUAUUUAACCAGUAAAGAUAGAAACAAAUCUACCUUGA